AUGCCUAGGAUUUGGGUUAAGAAGACAGGACGUGUUCGAAAAAGUUCUGAGGAAAUUAAGGCUGCGGUCGAAGAAGUGAACAACGGUUCUUCCAUAAAAGAAGUAGCUAGAAACUUCAGCAUUCCUUUUUCUACAUUACAAAGACAUGUUGCUCGUGCAAGAGUGCUUGCAGAUAAUGAAUCAUUUGAGUGGAAACCAAAUUUGACAGUUCGGCAAAUUUUCUCAGCUGAACAAGAGCAGAUGAUGGCUAACUAUUUACAAAAGUGCUCAAGAAUGCAUUACGGUCUUACCUCAACCGACACCAGGAAAUUGGCAUAUAAAUACGCUAAGGCUCUUAAUCUCAACAUUCCUAAUAAAUGGGACGAAGAGGAAAAGGCAGGACGAGAGUGGCUAUUUGGAUUCCUCAGAAGAAAUCCUAAUCUUAGUUUGCGGACACCAGAGGCAACUAGUCUGAGUAGGUCGACAAGCUUUAAUAAGCAUAAUAUCGGCCAAUUUUUUGAUAAUGUGCAAAAUGUUUAUGAACGUUUUACAAUCAGUGCUGCAGACAUUUGGAACUGCGAUGAAACGGGCUUGACUACUGUGCAUAAGCCACAAAAGGUGCUAGCAAAGAAAGGCCUAAAGCAAGUUGGCCAAGUUACUUCUGGAGAGAGAGGCCAGCUAGUAACAAUGUGUUGCUUCAUUAACGCCGCUGGUAACACAGUUCCACCUGCAUAUAUUUUUCCGCGUCAAAGACAUCUAGAGAUUAUAGGGCGUUCAGCACCCACUAAUAGUUUGAUAUUGGGACACAGCAGUGGAUGGAUGACAACCGAAAAUUUUAUCAAAGUUUUUAAUCAUUUCGUUGAACAUGCCAGGUGUUCCAAGGAAAAGCCCGCUGUUUUAUUUUUAGAUAAUCACGACAGCCAUGACUCAAUUGAAGUAAUCAAUGCAGCAAUGAAUUCUGGUGUACAUCUCAUCACUUUUCCUCCUCAUUCAAGCCACCGUCUGCAGCCUUUAGAUGUGGCAGUAUAUGGACCCUUGAAAACGAGAUACAACCAGGCCUGCGAUGAUUUUCUAGCAUCCAACCCAGGGAAACCAAUAACGAUUUAUAAUAUCGCUGAAUUAUCGCAAAAAGCAUUUGUUCAAGCCUUCAGCAAAAACAAUAUUAUGAAAGGCUUUGAACGUACUGGAAUAUGGCCUCUUAAUAGGAAUAUAUUCUCAGACGAUGAGUUCUUAAUGGCUUCUGUUACGGAUCGCCCAUUACAGAAUGAGGCUGCUCAAGUGCAACACACCAGCUCUGAACCUCCAUUUCUAAGGCCAAAAACUCCACCUCCUUCAACAAGUCUUCAAAUACUCUCACCUGAAGAUAUUGUACCCUACCUUAAAGCAGCUCCAAGGAAAAUCUUUAAAGGUGGAAGAAAACCGGGACGUACCAGAAUAAUGACCGAUACGCCCGAAAAGGAAGAAAUAGAGGAAAGGAAAUCAAAAAAGGUUAAGUUGCGUUUACUGGAUGAAGAAAAGUCUGAAAUAAAAAAUGACGAAGAAAAGANGGACUGUAUUGAGCAUACGCAGCUUGAGAAAAGCAUUAUAAUUUCCAAACUUCACAUGCUCAAUACGUGUCAGUUAAGAACUACAAGCCUACAAGUCAUAUUAACACAUACUUUAGCCAUAUAUGUCUCUUGA